UCUUUCGCCCUUUCUCUGCGUCUACAAUGGCGGACGAGCUCGAAGAGCUGCUAGACUUUCUCUCCUCCCCUUCUCCUCAAGUCAAAAAGGCCGCCGUCGACAUCGUCCGCGAUCUCACCGGCUCCGAUGAAGGCCUCCGCCCUCUCUCCUCCCGCUCCGACCGCCUCCUUCCCCCUCUCUCCCGCCUCCUCCGAGAUCCAGCGGAGCUCUCCGCUCCCGCGGCCGAAGCUCUGAUCAAUCUCUCCCAGGAUCAUGGGAUUGCGGAGGAGCUUGUGUCCAUUGGAACCGUGAGUACUGCUAUGGAUGUGAUGUAUAAGGUUGGGGAUCGUAAAGUUGUGAGGUUGAUGGUGAUGCUGUUGGCCAAUUUGACUCAAUUGGAUUCUGGAGCUAGGUCUCUUCUUCAGGUUGGAGAGAAAGUGGAAGGCUUGUAUGUCUCUAAGCUUAUAAGAUCAUUUUGUAGGUCAUCUUCUGAUGAAACAUCUGAGGAUACAUUUGAACAUGUUGCUUCCAUACUUGUAAACAUCUCGAAAUUAGAAGCUGGGAGAAAACUUCUUUUAGAACCAAAGGGAGGACUUCUGAAGCAGAUAAUUCGCCAGUUUGACUCCACAAAUUCUUUGAGAAAGAAAGGGGUAUGUGGAACCAUUCGUAAUUGUUGUUUUGAAGCUGAUAACCAGCUGCCAAAUUUGCUUUUGGUAUCAGAGUUCCUUUGGCCAGCACUUCUUCUGCCUGUUGCCAGCAAUAAGGUGACAUGUCCUGCAUCUACUUUGGAGAUAAUUCUUAAUCAACCAUUGUCUGUCUGUUUUCAUCCUAGAUACUUCAACUUUAUCUGCGAGCUAGUGUUUGUUUCAUCCGUUUACAGUCAAGAGGAUACCUCAAAAAUGCCUCUUGAACUUGGGAACGCACUUUCGCAUGACCGGGAAUCGGUUGAUGAUCCAGAAAUUCGGAAACAAGCGCUGGAAGCAAUAUACUUAAUCUCUAUGCAGGAAGCUGGACGAAGAGCUCUGUGGUCUGUGAAUGGCCCACGGAUUCUACAGGUUGGGUAUGAAGAUGAGGAAGAUCCUAAAGUAAUGGAAGCAUAUGAAUUGGUUGGAUCGUUGCUUGUCAAUAAUGCUGGAGCCGGUGAAUCUUGAGUUCAUAUGUUAAAGAUGGUAAAACGUUCAAAUUUUGGUUCUUGCUGAUUGGAGUACAGUCGUCAAGUGCAAGCAGAGACUGCAACAGGUUAUUAUUGUAUGGAACCGCGAAUUUUUUUCCCCCGUGAAACAGUUAUUUUUUGUCUUGUCUCGUUAUUUAUAGGAAAGUGUAUCAGUUACUGACACUGUAAAAGUUCAAAAGAAUUUUACUAUAUUGUUUGAAGAUAAAUCAUUAGAAACAGCUUUAAUAAACAUGAGCUUGAAGUUGAACAA